UAAAAAUUUACAAAGAGUAUAUACAUUUAAAAUUUAUAUUAACUACUGUAGGUUUCGAAUUUGCAUUGUCUUGGAAUUGUGGAAUUGUUGUGUAUCUCUAACAGUAUUCAGAUGGAACACUGGAACAUUAUGCAUAGCCUUAGGAUGGUGUAUAUAACUGGGAUUGACCCUCGUUACCGUAAAACUUUUAUUCAAAGAGUUUUAUUUCUGGUUGCCAUUGCUUCAAUUAUCAAUACUACAUGUUUGGCUAUCGGGCUGUUUAUCUACGAAGAAAAUUUGGAAUUAUUGGAUUUUACAGAAGGCAUGCAAACUGUAAUGUUUUGUCUACAUGUUAUAGGUAAAUUUGGAUGGUUUUACAUACAGCACGAUAGAGUAAUCGAUUUAUUGAACGAUGGCAAACAAUUUUGGGACGUCAAUGAACACGAUGAUGAAGAAGAGAAAAAGAAAAUUGUAGGAUACUUGCGGUAUAUGAAACUGGUCGCAAUAUAUUAUUUAUUAUCUCCCGUACCGACAGUCUUUAUGCUUGUAUUAAAACCGCUGAUUGAACACGGGGGAGCAGCAUUUAAAUGUUAUAUACCAAGAAACCAAGAUUAUUAUUAUGCAACAGUUGCACUUGGAGAAUGGUUGGUUGUAGUGAUCUAUAUGAGUUGUCUUGGUUUUGAUGUCUUUUUCGGUACAAUAAUAGCUUUGACAGCCAUUCAAUGGAAAAUGUUAAACAAACAAAUUGAAAUCGUUUUAGCUAAUACACUUUUAAACGACGAAAAUCGUUUAUUGGUACAAAAUAAAUUGAACAAAUGUAUUGCUCAUCACAAUUUUUUGCUAAAUUUUGUUAAGAAAAUUAAUACUACUAUAUCUCUUGGACUGCUGACAUAUAUUGGAGUUAUUAUACUAUCAACUUGUGUGGAAUUGUUUGCUAUUGUAAGUGGUAAACCAGGCCAUCAAUUUUUCAACAGUGUUGAUUACAUAAUAAGCCUGACUAUUCAAUUUGUCGUUCUCUAUAUAAUUCCUGGUCAACUUCUUACAGCAGAGGCUGAGAAAACGGAACAAGUGGCAUUUGACAGUCAAUGGUAUAAGAACUCAAAGUUUAAUAAGCCAAUCAUUACCAUGAUUAGCUGUAUCGGUCAAAAACCAGUUUAUAUAAAUGCUUUUAAUAUUAUAAAUUUGACAUAUCUAAGCGGACUACAGGCAUACAAAACAAUGUUUUCAUAUUAUAUGUUUUUACGAACAAUGAAAGAACAAUAGAAGUUAAGGACAGCAUCAAAAACACAUAUUUUAUUUAAAUUUCUCA